GCCUUGAGGCUGCAAAGGCAGCUUGGAGUGACCCUGCAGUGGCCAAUAGGUGUCGAGCUUGCCUGGGUCUCGAGCAAUGGUGUCGUGCGGUGGCUGAGGCUUUGGCACCGAAGUUCGAAGCUUUGGCAAAUAGCAGCCGGAAGAUCAGCACCCUCGGAGCUUCCACCGGCAGCAGCUCUGUGAACGGCACGACAAGUCUGCCAGGGACGUCCCGUGGCCGUGAUGUGCCGGAGGCCGCUGCGCGGACUUCGAUACCAAUUGGUCUGGGUGAUCUCAUCAUCACCCCGAACAUCUAUGCUCUGCAGCCACACGAGCUGCGCCGAGUGCGGGACUUGACAAUCUGCCGGCCGAAGGUUGGUGAGGUCACUUUCCACGGUGAUCUAGACCUGGUGACGGAGAGCAAUAUCUUGGAGGAUCUUCCGCACGUGCUGCGGCUGGAGCCAGGGGAG